AUGGAAGAUUGCAAGGUUGUAUUCUGGCUGAAGCCAGCCGCGACGAGUCCUAGAGCUGAGGCUCUCCUUAACGAUUCCGCGAACAGUGAGUGGGUUGACCUGGCUGCGGACAACCAACUAUGCCUCAAGGUGACCGUCGGCAAGACGUCCAAGAUUAAGGGGCGCCUUGUCUCCUUUGGUCGUCCACAAGAACACCAUGACAUCGUGCUCCCAAAAGAAGGUUUUUCCUCGACCGAACAUUGCUUUUUCGACGUUAAUCCGACGUCGCAUGCCAUCAUGUUGCACGAUGUCUCCGAGAAACGCCACACGCGACUUUUUCGUCACCUUCCGGCUGAAGAGGACACUGAAGAGGACACUGAAGAGGACAACUACAUGCUGUCCACUGAUGAACUGGACAAUUCUCUGUCCAUCCGAUCUUGCGUCAUCCUCCCCGAACAACGAUACACCUUAAUGAUACGGGAUAUGGAGUUUCUCUUGAUUCCUGUAUCGAGCCCCCCCGCCGCGGUUGAAGAUUUCGUUGCCACUAUUCCUGAGGGCUAUAAGAGUAUGGCUGCUCCCCCUUACUUGCCUCCUGAAACCAACAACGACAAGAAGAAACCCUCAAGCUCUCAAACGAGUCCCCACCUUCACCCGGCGCACGCGACGAUCAGGCACCAGUUCGUCAAAGAGCUUGGGUUUGGAGGGGAAGCCCGUGUGAAACAGUACCUAAACCUCCAAGACGGCAAUCAUUAUGCUGGCAAGAUCAUUCCACUCUUGAAGAAUGGACACGAAGUCCCAGAUCACGGUCAGAACUCAGAUGAUGGCCAUGCCGACGCCUUGAAGAAAAGGGUAGCUGAGGAGGUACGAGCGCUCAGCAAAAUGCGUCACGACAACGUAAUUGUGUAUAACUACACUCAAGGCUGGGAUACCAACCACGAGCUCCGCAUCUUCAUGCCGUUAUACGAAACGUCCUUGAGAAAAUUGCUACCCGACUCCGAUAAGCGGGCAUCCGGGGACUGGAGGUUUCGAGUGGACCGCAUGAUCAAGGAUGUGAGUUCGGCGUUGGAGUAUAUCCAUGCAAAGGAAUGUUUUCAUCGGGACAUCAAGCCUGACAACAUCCUUGUCAGCCGUCAGUCAUUCUGUCUGGCUGAUUUCGGGAUGGCGAGGCUCCCCACGAGCACUGGACCUUUGCCAGUCAAGCCAGGACAUACUUGGCAGUAUGCCGCCCCCGAGGUCCUGCAAGGAAAGCGUGAGAGCUAUGCCGUCGAUAUAUUUAGCUUCGGCGUCAUGAUCCUGGAGUGUUUAACCGACCUGCCUCCGGUGGAUAUGCCAGGUACAUCGGAUACUCCAGGCCCGAGUGCCGCCAAGGACAUUGCCGAGCGUACGAUCGACGCUCAUAACGAAUACCGGGGUCGCCUCAAGCAGGCAUGGCCCGCGGCCGUAUCAAUGCUUUCAAAAGCACCCAGCAAGCGGCCCGGUGCCAAUCGGAUUUACGAAGAUUUGCUGAACAGCGGCGGAGUCCCUCUGGCCAGCAAUGUGAGACCUGGUGACAGUGGCAGGGAACUGCGUUCCCAUAAGCGACGGCUGGCUCCAGAGCGGGGGAUCGAAACUGGAAACGACAACACCGGCAACGAAGGCGAGGUGGCCUGCGCUCCGCUGGCGGAACCGCCAGCAUUCAUUCCUGCUCAGGAUCGCGAUCCGAAUUCGAUGUCAUGGACUCCAUGGACUGCGCACAUGCCGGAACGACCGGCGCAGUGGCGAGAACGCGAAGCAAGAAAUGCAAAACGCCAAAGGGACCGGCAAGCGGCUCGAAGAAUUAGACGUGGCCGCGGCUCGAAGAAGUAG